GGAGAGCGGAACCAUCACCUAAUGACUAACAAAGACAAUGGAUAUGCUGCACUUAUAAGUGAAGGAAGAUUAGUGAGACCAUAUCCUGUAGUGAUAAUGGCUGUAGAAGGAAAGAAGUAUGGCUAUUCACCAAGACUCCUUCCAGAGAUGCCUCCUGAUAAACCAGAAAAUAUCGUUAAUGGAGAGCUUUAUGAAGUAGAUUCAAACAUGUUAGCUGUUUUAGAUGAACUAGAGACUCAUCCAAUACGUUACAAGCGACUACCAACACAGUGCAUACUGACUGGUACUCCUUCAGACAAGUUUCCUGGGCUGGCAAAAGGUAGCACUGUGGACUGUGAAGUGUAUUUUUAUAAUCAAGUUAAACCAGAACAUUACUUGCUACCUUUUAUUAGCAAUUUUAAAAGUGCCGAUGUUGCUGAUUGAUUCAUUUGUAAUAUGCAGUUUUGUUUAAAAAAUUACUAGUACAGCGGAGAAUUAUGUGUGUAAGUGAUGGAAAGAGUGAAGAAAAGAAGAGUUAAUGAAUUCAGAGUUAGAAGAAAAUAAAGAUUUUGAUUCAAAUCUAAUGAGAGUGACAGAGAGAGCAGAGAAAUUAUUAUUACAUGAAGUCAAUGAAAAAUGAAUUCAAAAAAAGAGGAACAACAAUUAAAACAUAAAUA